UUUAUUUUGUGGAAGAAAGUUUUAACCAAAAUGCAUUUGUACAAGUAUUUGAUUAGUUUUAGUUUUUGUGUUAUUGUGAUCAGCUGUGUUAAGGCUCAGGAAGGCUCAAUUGAAGACUUACGGCAAUCCUACGUGAAUCUAAUUAUGGAGUGUGCCAAAGAACAUCAGAUCACCUCUGGGGAGUUGGAUGAAUUGAAGAGCAAGCGGAUGCCUGAAGAUGGAAAUGCUAAAUGUCUUUUUGCUUGCGCUUACAAGAAGGCUGGAAUGAUGGAUGAAGAAGGUUACAUGUCAGUGGCCGGCAUAGAGAUGAUCUCAGACAAGUUCUUGGCUGGUGACUUGCCCAGUCUGACAAAAGCUAAACAAUUCAUAGAGGCUUGCAAGAGCGUUAAUGAAGAAAAAGUUGGCGACGGAGCCCAGGGAUGUGAUCGGGCAGCACUUAUGUUCAAAUGCAGUGUUGAAAAGGCCCCUGAGACUAUGACUGAUGCAGAAGUAAAGUUAGCACUCACAAAGAAGGCGAUGAGUUGCAUGAAGGACCAUAAAGUGGAUACCGCGGAGUUGAUGAAAAUGCAGCUGAUGACGCCGCCCAAGAGUAAGCAGGCCCAUUGUCUACUGGCCUGCGCUUAUAAGAAAGAGGGAUGGAUGAAUGCUCAAGGACUCUAUGAUACAGAACACAUGUAUAAAAUAGCAGAGAUAAUGAAAGAAGGAGAUGAGCAACGAGUGAUAAACGGCAGAAAAGUAGUUGAGAUUUGCGCGAAAGUUAACGAAGUGCAAGUGAGCGAUGGGGAGAAGGGUUGCGAAAGAGCAGGCUUAAUCUUCAAGUGUGUGGUAGUAAAUGCUCCUAAGUUUGGAUUUAAACUAUAA